GUCCUAUUUUUGGUAACAAUUAAAGGGCCUCCCGGUGAAAGCAGAAAGCUGUUUAUUUUCAUUUACAUCACUUCGCUUGCCUUCGAAGACUGGUCUCUCUGCUCAGUGUUUUCCGUGAUGUGAGUCGGCUCUCUUCCUCCAGCAGUUGGCUCGCUCUCGCUCUUCUCACAGCACCUCACAGGUCUCUUUCCCGGAGCCGUGCACUGCCUGAGCGAGGGGACAGCUCACGAAAUCAGCUGGAGGUCCCUGUUUUGAAAAAGCAGAGGCAGAGAAGGGUGGACUCCUAUGUGACCUGUUCUUAGAGCGAGACAAUCAGCAGCUGAAUUCCAGAAGCCCUGUUCAUGUGUGGGGAUAUUUUCUCGACUACAUGGAAUCACACAGAAGCAGAAGGAUGGGAAAUGCCUGCAUCCCCCUGAAAAGAAUUGCCUAUUUCCUAUGCCUCUUUUCUGUGGUUUUGCUGACUGAGGGGAAGAAGCCAGCGAAGUCAAAAUGCCCUGCUGUGUGUACUUGUACCAAAGAUAAUGCUUUAUGUGAGAAUGCAAGAUCCAUUCCACGCACCGUUCCUCCUGAUGUUAUCUCACUAUCCUUUGUGAGAUCUGGUUUUACUGAAAUCUCCGAGGGGAGUUUUUUAUUCACACCAUCGCUGCAGCUCUUGUUAUUCACAUCGAACUCCUUUGAUGUGAUCAGCGAUGAUGCUUUUAUUGGUCUUCCCCAUCUAGAAUAUUUAUUCAUAGAAAACAACAAUAUCAAGUCCAUUUCAAGACAUACUUUCCGGGGACUCAAGUCUUUAAUUCAUCUGAGUCUUGCAAACAACAAUCUCCAGACACUCCCAAAAGACAUAUUCAAAGGCCUGGAUUCUUUAACAAAUGUGGACCUGAGAGGGAACUCAUUUAAUUGUGACUGUAAGUUGAAGUGGCUGGUGGAAUGGCUCGGCCACACCAAUGCAACUGUGGAAGACAUCUACUGUGAAGGCCCCCCGGAAUAUAAGAAACGCAAAAUCAAUAGCCUCUCCCCCAAGGAUUUUGACUGUAUCAUUACAGAAUUUGCAAAAUCCCAAGACCUACCUUAUCAGUCACUGUCCAUAGAUACCUUUUCUUAUUUGAAUGACGAAUAUGUAGUCAUCGCUCAGCCUUUUACUGGAAAAUGCAUUUUCCUGGAAUGGGACCAUGUGGAGAAGACCUUCCGGAAUUAUGACAACAUUACAGGCACGUCCACUGUGGUGUGCAAGCCUAUAGUCAUCGACACUCAGCUCUACGUCAUUGUGGCCCAGCUGUUUGGUGGCUCUCACAUCUAUAAGCGAGAUGGCUUUGCAAACAAGUUCAUAAAAAUCCAAGACAUCGAAGUCCUCAAAAUCCGCAAACCCAACGACAUCGAAACAUUCAAGAUUGAGAACAACUGGUACUUUGUUGUUGCUGACAGUUCCAAAGCUGGGUUUACUACCAUUUACAAGUGGAAUGGAAACGGGUUCUACUCCCACCAAUCCCUACACGCGUGGUACCGAGAUACUGACGUGGAAUACCUAGAAAUAGCCAGAACACCACUGACCCUCAGAACACCUCAUCUAAUCCUGUCCAGCAGUUCCCAGCGCCCUGUUAUUUACCAGUGGAGCAAAGCGACACAGUUAUUCAUCAACCAAACUGACAUUCCCAAUAUGGAGGAUGUGUACGCGGUGAAGCACUUCUCCGUGAAAGGUGAUGUAUACAUUUGCUUGACCAGGUUCAUUGGUGACUCCAAAGUCAUGAAGUGGGGCGGCUCCUCCUUCCAGGACAUUCAGAGGAUGCCGUCGCGAGGCUCCAUGGUGUUCCAGCCUCUUCAGAUAAAUAAUUACCAAUAUGCAAUUCUUGGCAGCGAUUACUCCUUUACUCAAGUAUAUAACUGGGAUGCAGAAAAAGCCAAAUUUGUCAAGUUUCAGGAAUUAAAUGUCCAGGCACCCAGAUCAUUCACACACGUGUCCAUUAAUAAGCGUAAUUUCCUUUUUGCUUCCAGUUUUAAGGGAAACACACAGAUUUACAAACAUGUCAUAGUUGACUUAAGCGCAUGAGACACCAAAUUCCAUGGCUGCCAUCGGAAACUUUCUGCAGUAUGUGACCUGGAUGAAGAGCUCAAUGCAUGAUGACUCUUCUCACCACACUUGCAGAGGAAUGCCUUUCAACAUUGAGACUGCUAAAGCCAAUACUACCAGUAUCACCAUCCUUAACUGUCCAGUCCAGUGGUGUGGGAAGUUACCUUUUAUAAGACAAAGUUUCAUUAUGUAACUGUUCUUUGCAGUGAAGAUGUGUAAAUAAGCGUUUAAUGGUAUCUGUUACUCCGAAAAGAAACAUUCAUAUGUACUUUUCCAUUUAUUUAUUCACGUGUUCAGAAACAACUGCCAAAUAAAAUGUUUACAUUUUCUUUCAUAUCCCAAAGGUAAUUAUUUACAAGAGCUAUUUGAUUCUUGUUGAUUGUAUGUUGAGGAAAUAGUUUUAUACAAUAAGAUUAUAUUUGGAUCAAGGAUUUAUGGUAUGAAUAUUGAGUAAAGAUUUAAAAAUGAAAAUAAUUUCCCCUAAUUUGUAAACAUGUUUAUCUGGGUUCUAGCUGUGGAUUUUGAACACUCAGAACUCACAACUUUUAGGGACAUUUUCAGGUGAAAGGGUAACACAUUUAAAUGAGAGGGAGAGAGUUUGCCUAUUCUGUUAAGACUAACCUGUAAUGAGGCAGAGGACCAUCCUGUCCCAUCUGAUAGCCUGGGCAAAAAAUACCACUCAGUCAUUUUCUAGAAGAAAUUUAAUGUUUAGGAUUGAGUAGCCCCUGAUCCAGGACUUUCUAAAUAUCUAAUUCUAGCGUCAGUUGGCAGCUGGUAGAUUGUCACUUUAUGUAGAGCACUUCCUGUCAUGUGCUGGCUCUGGAGGCCUCCCCUAGCUGCCAGAGGACACUUUGCUUCUAGACACUGGUUUGCUAUAACUGACCUGCCACACAGUGCCUACAAGGCUCAUGCUUGAUUUUUCUGGACUCCUGCUUCUGGAUCACUUGAGUCAUUAGCACCUAGCACAAUGCCUGUGAUGUACACAGUAGGCUGUCAAAAAUUGCUUUACAGAGGCUGCAGAUAUAGUUUCAUGGGAACAUACUCGUGUGUGGCAUGUGUAAAGCCCCAAGUUCAA